AUGACCCCUUCCCUGCUUCCCCAUGUCCCUUUCCCUACUUCCCCAUGUCCCCUUCCCUGCUUCCCCGUGUCCCCUUCCCUACUUCCCCAUGUCCCCUUCCCUACUUCCCCAUGUCCCCUUCCCUUUCCACGAGACGAAGGGAGGGUGACGGGCGGAAGGGAUGGCGACGGCGGAAGGGAGGGCGACGGGCGUAAGGGAGGGCGACGGGCGGAAGGCAUGGCGACGAGCGACGGGCGGAAUCUAUGGCGACGGCGGAAGGGAGGGCGACGGGCGGAAGGGAGGGCGACGGGCGGAAGGGAAGGUGACGGGCGACGGGCGGAAGGGAUGGCGACGGCGGAAGUGAGUGCGACGGGCGGAAGGGAAGGUGACGGGCGGAAGGGAGCGUCGGCGGAAGGGGCGCAGGAGGGGAUGUGGCGCCAGGAGGAGGAGGGGGAGAAGGGGGAGGAGAGGGAGGAGGGGGAGGAGAGGGAGGAGGGGGAGAAGGGGGAGGAGGGGAAGGAGGGGGAGAAGGAGGAGGAGGGGAAGGAGGGGGAGGAGAGGGAGGAGGGGGUGGUGAGGGAGGAGGGGGGGGGAGAGGGAGGGGGGGAAGAAGGGGGAGGAGGGGAAGGAGGGGGAGGAGGGGAAGGAGGGGGAGGAGAGGGAGGAGGGGGAGGAGAGGGAGGAGGGGGUGGUGAGGGAGGAGGGGGAGGAGAGGGAGGGGGGGAAGAAGGGGGAGGAGGGGAAGGAGGGGGAGGAGGGGAAGGAGGGGGAGGAGAAGGAGGAGGGGGAGAAGGGGGAGGAGGGGAAGGAGGGGGAGGGGACGGAGGAGGGGGAGAAGGGGGAGGAGGGGAAGGAGGGGGAGGGGAGGGAGGAGAAGAGGCGAUAACCGCAGCUAUAAGAUCAUGA